AUGGGGUCACUGGGCGGUCUCUCCCCCGAAGCGAGCAUUGCGAUCGGAGUCUUAGUUGGUCUCAUAUCUACCAGUAUACAGUCCCUGGGACUUACCUUGCAACGGAAAUCGCAUAUACUCGAAGACGAAAAGGGACCCCACGAUGUCCGAAGACCGCCGCAUCGAAGGCGCCGAUGGCAGCUGGGCAUGGGCAUGUUCGUGGUAGCCAACAUCCUCGGAAGCAGUAUUCAGAUCUCGACAUUGCCCCUGCCCGUUCUUUCCACCUUACAGGCCGCUGGCCUGGUCUUCAACUCGAUAUGCGCCACCCUGAUACUUAGCGAACCCUUCACAAGAUGGAGUCUAUGGGGCACUAUGCUUGUGUCAGGAGGAGCUAUUCUGAUCGGCAUAUUUGGCGCCAUUCCCUCGCCAGCACACAGUCUACGAGAAUUGCUCCACCUGAUGGGAAGGUGGCAGUUUAUUCUGUGGAUGGCAUUGCAGGCCGUGCUCGUAAUCGCUGUCGCCGUUACGACGGAUCUGAUCAGCCACUUUACCAACUUGGCGCAAAACGCGCGCUUUCGAUUCAUCAGGGGACUGGCGUACGGGGGCAUCAGUGGCAUUCUGUCUGCUCACUCCCUGCUGUUUGCCAAAUCCGCAGUCGAGCUGAUCCUUCGGACCAUUGCCGAUGGAGACAACCAGUUCGUUCACUGGCAGUCCUGGAUGAUCGUCCUCGGACUCGUCACCUUGGCCCUGACUCAACUGUAUUACCUGCACCGAGGGUUGAAGCUCGUCUCAACCUCUGUGCUAUAUCCCCUUGUGUUUUGCAUUUACAACAUCAUUGCCAUCUUGGAUGGGCUUAUUUACUUCGACCAAACAGAUCUCAUAUCAGCUUUGGAUGGCAGCCUCAUAGCACUUGGCACCGUCAUUCUACUUGCCGGAGUUCUAGCAUUAUCGUGGCGUCUUAGCGACGAGCAACACCCGCCCAGCGUAGGUCAAUCGACACUGACACCGGGCCUCGGAUUGGUCGAAGAUACCGAGGGCGAAGAAGAGUCAUCUGUCGAUUCCGAUGCUGACAGCUUCACCAACGAAGAAGAGGCAGUACCGCCGACAUACAACACCUUUGCCCCUGGCACCGGCCAAAGCAGUCCGUUGUUGACACCGGGCCGGAAGUCUUCGAAAAGGUGGCAUGAGCGCGCAGAAAUCUGGGGCGAACUCGAAGACCAGGAAGUCCCCAGUCCACCGCAACAUCCACACCGAUCUGUCACCCUCCCUGCUGGCGCCACUGAGACGACAGCUCUGCUUGGCGGAGCGAAGCGCCAUGUUUCAAAUGCUUCCCAUGGUUCACUCUCGACAGCUGAUCCAUCGUCAGCGACGGGCGACGCACCGCAGAGGAAGAGUCUUCGCAGGAGGAGGAAGUCGACUGGUUUCCCAGGCUUUACAGCACGAAAGCCGCCUGGUAGGAGACAGAGUACCAGUGGCAAUGGAGUACAGGACGCCCUGGGCGGCAUAUGGAAGAUGAGGUGGUUCAAGGGGCGGGAACGUGGUGACAGUACUAGCGCCAUCGAUGAUCUUAUACCUAGUGGCACAAGAGAUCGGAGCCGGAGCCGCUUGCCUAGGUUUAGGGACGAGGAAGAGGCCGUGGGCGGAGGAGAUACUCGGGAUAAAGCUACGGAUCCUGGGUCAAACGGAAGGCGCGACAACGGGCAGAGCUCAACAGAAAGAAAUACAGAAGAAACGAGGAGCUAG